AUGUCGUUCCUUUCCGGACUAUGUGGGUGCUUUGCCCCAAACGGGCAAGACGAGAAGCACUCGCGCGCCUCCGCACCAGAAAUGGCGAACUCAAGGCCAAAUCACACCGGCUUGCAAACAGGAAGCUUUACACUCGCCAGCAACGGCCAUUUCAUUCACACAGCCGGUCCAACGGGCAUCAACGGGCACGGACCCCCUCCCGCUGACUCGGAGGAUGGGGGCUAUUCUAGCGUCGUUCCGCUCCCGCAGUACACAGCCCGACCCAUGAGCCUUCACGAAAAGACCCUCGAAGCUCACAUGCGUGAUCCAUCCGUCUCAUCCGAGUCCUUUGAGACCUACGCACAUGACGAGAAAGACCGCAAUAUGUACGACGAGGAUGUCAGCUCGGAUAGUUCCUCGGCUAUUUCAUUCCCAAGUAGCUACGGCAAUACCUCUACCGCAACAAGAGAGACUCCACCGCCCCCCUACUCUCCUCGGCACUCUGUGGUGAUGAGCCGUUCUCGGUCAAUGUCUAUCUCAUCUGCUAUGGCGGUCAUCAUCAACCCGCCUCCCUCGGCCCGUGUAAAUGGCUCGCGGACUGGACCUACAUACUCCGAAGAGGAUAACCGGUCCAUCCGCCGUCAUCGGCGGGUAUCCUGGGAAAGCCGGUGA